GAAGAAAAAUCCAUUAAUAUAAAUUCCACCUGAUAUUCACCCGAAAAACACUUCAGUUCUUCAAUGCACACUAUACCCCAACUAAAUCCACAGAAUUUCACAACUCUCAUGCCAAAAACUAACAGCCAUGAUUAGUAAAUAAAAACAUCACACACUGACAAGAUGGGCAGAAGGGAUAGCAAAGAUCCAGGUGAAUAAUUCGACCGCACCUGAGGAAGAGAGGCAGAUCAAAAAUGUGAAGAGAGCAGAAGUAACCUCUCUGAAAGCGAGACUCGUGUAUGAAAUUGCAGUGCGAUCCUUAGCUAUCUCUAAGAAUCUUCAGAAAGCCGCAACAUCUGGUGGGUUGUCUCGUCCAGCAAUAACCACCAACCCAGAUAAACGAACAAGCUAACGAAGAAAAAAUUUCAUUAUUAGGGUUUAUUUUAAUAUAUACAGGAGACAACCACUCUGAUUUUUUUAUGAUUUGGGAAAUGCGGGAAAUUCUGCAAAGGAGCCCCAAAUUCAGCAUCGGGGCUAUGGCUGAAGGUUCGGGACCGAAGCGAUCCAAACUCUAUGAGACUGGUUCCUACUCAACGAGCGGGGGCAGACAUUCCAUCGACCUCAACAUCACGGGGGAUGACCUAUCCCAUGAAUUGGGCAACGAACCCAGUGGUCAGAGCCACUCGAUUCGGUCAAAGGCGGCAAAGAAUGGGAAGGGGGAGGUCAAGACAACGACUCUUAACAACAAUUACCCAUCAUGGUCGUCAACCGUUAAAGCUACGUUGCAAGCUCAUAAGCUUCUCGGCUUUGUGGAAGGAACGGAAGUUAUGCCAUCGCCGACCAUACUGGAUGAAAAGGCCCCUGCCAGCGACAAAGGGCCUGUGUUAAAGGCAAAUCCUGCCUACGAUCUAUGGAUCAUCAUUGAUGCUCAACUACGUGCUUCUCUUCUUGCACUUCUCUCACCUGUCGUUCAGAAUCUUGUGUAUCACUGCAAUACCGCUGCUGAAAUUUGGAGUCAUCUACAUCAAAGGUAUAAUUCGUUAUCCCGGACUCAUAUUUUUCAACUCAAGGAACAACUUCAUAAUCUCAGAAAAGGGCAAUCAAGCAUGCAAAAAUACCUUGAUGAAGCGCUGCAAAUUGUUAACUCUCUUGCCCUUGCUCGUGAACCUGUCUCUGAACAAGAUGUUAUACUUAACAUAUUGCGUGGUCUUCCUCCCGAAUAUGCAUCUCUCAAACAGAAUGUUCGGACAAAUAUUGCCACUGUCACGCUUAAUAGUAUCUCAUCAUGGUUGCUUUCCGAAGAACUCUACAUCCAACUAGAACAGAAGCUUCAACUCGGUUCGUCCUCCAGCUCCUCCACAGAUCUUCCAACCGCAUUGUUCAAUGAAGAAUUUUCGGGCUCCUCCUCUGCCGGCACCAAUCCUCAAGCUUUUUACACCGCAUACUCUACAGAUCCUGGUCCAAAUUGGCACUUAGACUCUGGAGCAUCUACCCAUGUGACUUCUGAUUUAUCCAGAUUGCAAAAUCCUCAGUCAUAUUAUGGCACCAACUCUGUCUCCACAGCUGGGGGGCAAUCUUUACCGAUUUCUCAUAUCGGCUCAGGUCAGGUUACUACACCUACAGGAAUUUCUGAUCCUGGACAACUCUUCCAAUCAAGUGAUAUACAGAGGCCCAUGUGAGCGUGGCUUAUACACCCUUCUUGUUGUGUCUGGUCACGGCUCAUCUUCGUCCAAACCCGCUGCAGCUCCUCUUGUGG